GGCGGCGAAUUGCACCAAGAUACAUGCUUCCUCCUCAUGCCGCCUUAAUAUUCUCAUAUCUCAACAUUCAUAGCUCCGGACGCUGUUUGCUUGAUCACAUUUUAUAGAAAACUAGCAAGAUCUGUCUCCACUCAAAUGCUCCUUGGGAUAUAUCCCUUGUCUUGGGUGACGAGUAACCAAAGGAGUACUUGAUCGUGUGCUUCCCCACGUCUCUUUCUAUUUUCCUUGGAUGAAUACUAUUUCACUUCACUCUCCAUUUCAAUCUUUACAUUUUCGACAUUUUGCGUUGCUGCUCUCUCUUUCUCUCUCGAUAUCUCUCUCGUACCUCUUUGCCCUACGUCUACAUAUAACAGCAGCAUUCGAGCCCCUUCUCUCCAUAUAUACAAAAAGUCGAUUAUACAUCUCUUGGCAAAUCCUUUCAUCCACCAGCGAUCCCACGCCCACAAUUAGAAAAGCCGCGCCAAGACGGUUGUUCAACCCUGUCGAAAUUGCUUUCUUGUAAGCUGAUCACCAUAUCGUGAUAAUCGAAAAUGCGCAUCUCGUGGAUCAUCACUUUGCCUGGACUUUUGUCAAUUGUGUCGGCGCUGGCAAUUCAAAAACGAGAUGCCGACUUUUACAGUGUGCGCACAAAGCUACACAAGGACAUGAGCGGAAGGAGAGGCGAUCCAAGCGGAAAAUAUUUUCAUGAGAGUGUCUUCCAUCCGCAUUAUGAUGGCCGAUUCGCCGACAAGCAAUUGGGUUACAGAGAACGCAGACAAGCACUUUCGAAUCUCAUUCAAACCUACCUAGCUACUUUCUCAGAUAUUGGAGUGGAAACAUGGCUCAUGCAUGGUACUUUGCUCGGCUGGUGGUGGAAUCGUAAGAUUCUACCAUGGGAUUCCGACUCCGAUGUCCAAGUCUCCGAAGCUUCGAUGCACUUUCUCGCCUCUUAUUACAAUAUGACCGUCUUUCACUACAAAACUCCACGCAUUCCAGAAGGCCGAGAUUAUAUGCUCGAGGUUAACCCGCAUUAUAUUAAUAGGGAGCAAUCGGACAAAUUGAAUGUCAUUGAUGCACGAUGGGUCGACACUACGAGUGGCUUAUUCAUCGAUAUCACGACUGCUAGAUACAAUUACACACACCCUGCCGGAAAAGGAAUGAUGAGCUGCAAAGAUGGUCAUGAAUAUAGGGAUACCUACAUCUUUCCAUUGCGAGACACCUUCUUCGAGGGAGCUCCGGCCAAAAUUCCAUUCGCCUACAAAGAAAUCUUAGAGGCAGAAUACCAUGAGAAAUCAUUGACUUUAACUGAAUUUGAAGGCCACCACUUCGACGAUGAUAAAAUGGAAUGGAUUCCUGUGAAGCAAGAUAUUCAAGUACCAAUGGAACCACAAAAGGCAGCUCAGCCACCGCCAAAGACGGAUGCCCAAAAGGCGGAGGAGGCGAAGCAAGCCGCAGAAAAUGCGAAGAAACUCGAAGAGGCCAAAAAGUUAGAGGAAGCCAAGAAGUUGGCAGAAGCGCAAAAAGCUACAGAGGAAGCUAAAGAGAAAGCGAAGCAAAAAGCCGCACAGGAAGCUCAACAAGACACACCACCCGUAAGCAAACAACCAAUCAAAGAAGAACAGCCAAAAGCACAAUCCCAUGAUGCAUCCGAACCUCCGCCAGCUCAGCGAGCUGCAGAGAACAAGAUAUUUACCGCAGCCGAGAAAAAGGCCAAUCAAGUACAAAAAGCUGAAGACAAACGUAAACAGGACGAACAAAAGGCUGCCGAUGCGAGACAGAGAAACGAGGAUAAGAUAAAGGCAGAAGUUAAGAAAACUGAAGGUUCCGCGCCCGUCUCCUAAUCAUUUCAUCUUUUCAAAUGGUCGAUAAAACCUGCCACUUUACGGCAUUCGAGCUCCAUCGAACGAAUUCGUCAUUCCUGGCACUACGAAGAUACCGAUUUAAGCAGAUAUAGGAUAUUAGUUUGCUUCCUUUUAUUUUGAUUUUGUUAUAUUCGCUAAGCGAUGUUACUUUCUUCGGCUACUUUUUCUUCAUUAUAUCAUGAUUUUCUUUAAUAGAUCCACCACAACUUGGGCCAUUGAAUUGGAAGACAGUGGAGUUCUGGACUCAAAUGAUUACGAAAAGGAAGAACAGUAUUGAAAACGUGGCGCGCCAGUGCUUGGGCAUUUGCAUAUAGUUGGGAUUUGAUUUGGCGUUAUAUUCCCCUCCCAGAUGUGGGAAAGUAUUGUAUAGGAUGGAGUAUUUGACCAAUAUUUUAACGAUGGCGCAAGGAGUUGGAUGCCAUUGAGUAUAAUUAUUUGGAUAGAUCUCAGUAUGAGAGUUGGACACGUUGAUUGGUUCAAUGUCACAGCUGCUAGAAUUGGAAUAAUUUCCUCAAAUUAGAUCUUCCUCGUACCA